AUGCUCUCUUUCCUCCUCAUCCCGCUUCUAUCCUCCCUCGCACCUCUUUCUCAUGCUCGACAGAUAACAGUCAAAAACUCUUGCUCCUCCACCAUCUGGCCCGGUAUGCAUACCGGCGCCGGGGAGAUUCCUGCUCAAGCAACCGGAUGGGAACUUGCCGCUGGUGACUCAACCAUCUUCCAAGUGCCUGAGAACUGGCAGGCUGGUAGAAUCUGGGGGAGGACGGAGUGUGUCAUCCAGGAUGGCAAGUUUCAGUGUCUGACAGGGCAGUGCGGGUCGGGUGAGGGAGGGAAUGUGACUUGCGAGAAUUCCGAUCAGCCUCCUGCUACGCUCGCCGAGUUUACUUUGCAGCCGGAUUCCGAAGACAACUUUGACAUCUCCCUUGUGGACGGCUUCAACAUCCCUCUCAACAUCAUCCCUUCCAUUGAGUCUUGUCCUCAGCCGCAAUGUCAAGUGAAUCUCAACCUGCUUUGCCCGGCAAUGUUGAGGACAGCUUUGGAUAUGAACGGCGUCAACCUCGGUUGUUUGACGGCUUGUAAUGCUGGUCUUGGGCAAGAAAUGUAUGGCAAUCGAGCUUGCUGCACAGGUUCAUACGCCGAUCCCGAUCUUUGCCAGGCCUGCGGCGUCGACUACUACUCCCUCUUCAAAGACAACUGCAACACCUCCUACGCCUACGCCUACGACGAGAAAUCCAAAACGGCCCUCUGGACAUGCGCCAACUCGCCCGACUAUAUCGUCGAAUUCUGCCCCGCCGGCUCCGACUAUGUCGGCGCCAAGACUCCCUCGGACGCGUAUGCCAAUGCCACUGCGACUUGUUCUAGCUUGGCUUCGACGGGUCUCUCGACCUUCUCUGUGGGGCCGAGUCCGACGGGGGCGGUGUCGAGUGGGACGUUGAGUGUGGUAGCGACUGUGGCAACUGGGGUGGACGGAGCUGCGGCUAUUCAGGUUGGAGCGACGGAGAGUGUGGAGGGUGCUUCUUCCGCUGUCGUCGAUGCUGCUUCUGGUACAGCAGCUGCAGCGACGGCGACAGCUGGAGUGUCUGCUGAAACGGGCAUCGUCGCUUCGUCUGCCGCCGCUCCGGUCCAGAGCUCUAUCCCUGAGGCUGCCGCCACCUCUGCUGCCGUCGAGUCCGCUGGUGUAGUCGCUUCCUCCGUUGGUGUAGUUGCUUCCUCAGCUGGUGCAGUGGAGCCAUCCUCAGUCGUCUCACAAGCCGUCUCCCCCGCAUCUGUAGCAAGUGCGUCAGUGACUACUGGAGCUGCAGCGGCAGCAUCAAGCGAAGAGGUCACUUCUGCCGCCGGUUUGCGCGUACAGAACCUCGCAGAAGGAACCGAUACUGUCACUACCCCAACGUCCACCGUUAUCGUCACCCAAUACGUCACUGUUCAAGGAGAAGACCCUUCCUCCAGCGAAGGUAUUGCGGCCGUCCAAGCCGCCACUUCCGGUGGUAUCUCAUCUGCUGCGGCUUCAGCCGACUCGGAUACCGAAGUCUUUACCGUCGUUGAUGGCUCGACUCUUGUUCAGGUCGUGGACCAUUCUGCUACUACCGCCUCUGGUACCGGUGGGGAUGGAGUGGUCGCAGUGGAAGCUUCUCAGACAGGAGGUGUUGCAGGAAACUCGGGCGCCAAGUGGGGAGAGGGGAGCUGGUUGAGCGCGGUACCCAGUGGGCAUGAGCAACAGAGAAAGAGGCGUUCCAAGAAGCACGGUCAUUAG